AUGUGGUGGCGGCGGGAACACCUGAUCCGGCUCGAGUGUCGGAUCCGCCUUGAUGUUCAGGAGCUAAAACGUGUAACGGAACAGUUGCAAGAUGGUCUGGUUCAUGAACGGACUCGGCGUUGUGAGCUUGAGGAUCUUGUAAGGGAUAAUUACAAUUGCUUAACGCACGACCGUUCAGACCAUCGUGCCGCUUUUGCGUUCGUACAACUUGAGAACGAACGUUCGACUCGUUCUCUUCGUGAUGAGCUGGCUGCAGCUCGUCAAGACAUCGCUCAACUGCGUGAGCAGGUCGCUUUGCUAGUAGACCAGACUGGCUCGUUGAAACAGGACCACUCGAAGGUGGUCUUGGCCCUUGACCGCGGAGGUGUUCUUCGCCUCUCGAAACGGGUUCGUACUGAUAGUACGGGCGGAGACGCCCAACGUAAAACUUAG